AUGGACAAGGAACGUGUCCUCUGUUAUGAAGAUAUAAAUCUUUCUGAGGAGGUUUUGAAGUUCGCUGGGAAGACAGAAUUAUAUAUUGGCAAAGGCAAAAAUUCUACUUAUGAUCGCCUUGCUUUGCAGGAUAUUCUGAAAGAACUGACAACUGCUCAGGAAGAGGAUACAGAUAAGGCUAAAGCGACACAAAGGAAGAUUGCUGCUGUGAAAGAAAUUGUGGUUUAUUUACCAAGCAAAAUACUGUAUGGGGGCAAAGAAAUACUAGAAAUGCCUGGAACAGAUGAUUCUGACCCAAUUGCUAUGUUUUCUAUCAGAAAUGCUUUAAGUGAGGUCGAUGCAGUGAUUCUUGUAACAGAAUUUGGUUUCAAAAUAUGUGAAAAAGAAGUUAAAGACAUGCUCUCUGAGAGCGGUUUUCUACAGAAAUUCAAGAAAGACCCAUCCAAUAACAAGCUCAUGCUUAUUGCAUACCCAGAAAAGAACUCAAAAUGGCAGUUUUCAUGUGACGGGAAAAACAAAAUAGAAAAGCUGGAGCAGGAAUCAAAAAAGAAAAAGGAAGGUGAACUGAAAGCAAUUUCAAAAAUUUUAGAUGAGAACUGUGUUGGAGUAGAAAGAAGUCUGGGUCUCUUGGAAUUGGAAUCUCAGAGAAUCUUUGGGUCAUCGCCUGAACCUCGUCCCAAAACUUCUGUAAUAACGAACAAGACCAAAAUACAUGCUGCAUAUCUACUUUUGGGUUCCCGCAUCGCCAACAACAGUCAGAAGACUGUGGAAACAUAG